GAAUCCCCACGAGAAGGAAGUCCCAUGAAUGUCCAAGUUACAAAAAGCCCUGAAAAGAGUUGAUAAUUACGAAUAAGAUGGCUCAACUACAAAACGAGAUGCUGGUCUUCUCUAACUCCGCCAUGUAUACCCAAAUCCCACAAGUUGAAGUGAAGCGGCGGCAACGGAGGAAGAAAGAGAAAGGAGAAGUGGGAACUAAGAAGAGGAGGCUGAGCAGUGAGCAGGUGAAGUUGUUGGAAUUGAAUUUUGGUAUUGAGCAAAAGCUCGAGUCGACGAGGAGAGAUCAAUUAGCCCUGGAGCUGGGGUUGGACCCACGUGUUGUGACCAUUUGGUUCCAAAACCGGCGAGCCCGUUGGAGGAGUAAGCAAGUGGAAGAAGAAUACGAAAGGUUGAAGAUGAUACACCAGACUGUCCUCAUUGACAAGUGCUGGCUUGAAUCUGAGGUCUUGAAACUCAAGGAGCAGAUUUCAGAAGCUGAGAAAGAGAUAAAAAAGCUCUCAGAGCGCUGCGACAGAGUUUCGGAAGGAGAAAGCAGCUGUAGUCUAACCUCUCCUUUCUCCAUGGAUGCCCAACACCCAUAUCUUGGAGAUUUUGGAGUUGAAGAAAAUGAAGAUUUUUUGUACAUACCCCAAUAUUAUUAUAUUGAUGACUGGGAGUUGGUGAACUGGUAUGGUUUUUAAUUAAGGGAAUGAUCACAUAUAUCCCAAAAUCCAUCCUGAUCCAUAACUCAAGUGGGCCACACAAAGAAAACAAUAUAGGAUAUUGGAUCCACUGAAUGGAAGUUUUAAGAUGAUUUUCGGACCUAGUUUCUCUACUAAAUCUUGGUUGUCCAUUUUCUAUGCUAUUAAUCUAUUAAUGGUAUGUUUGGAAUCAUCAGAUGGGUCACCAUGGUUCAUUUCCAAUUAUACGAUUGAAUAAACGGCUCAUAUUAAUGAUCAGAGACUCCACGUGUCAUUUAAAAAAAUUGGGGACGUGCUUCUUAUGGUGUGUCCCACCUGAGUUUUGGAUAUGCAUGAACGUAUGUGAUCAUCCUCUUUUAAUUAUGUAAAUAUAAUUCCAUGUAAAUUACCUUUUGGUUUCUAACGAGAAUGUUGUUCUCACUAGCUGUAGUCUUGUUUUUUAUCCUGGUUGUUUGAGUGUAGAGAUUAAAAACUAAAAUUU